AUGCCGCGCAAGAUGUGGGUUGCAGAGGGGCCAGCCCCAGCCCAGUGGAGCCUGCGGGAUGGGGCCCACGCUGGACAAUUCCUGGCCAUGGCCGACCAGCUCCGAACCGCAGGACAGCUGGUGGACGUGGCCGUAGGCCCGGAGGGUGAUGUGGCCCACGCCGUGGUCCUGGCCUCCAUCAGCUCCUUCUUCCUCCGCUUCCUGGAGGGCAAGACCAGAGCGCUGCGCCAGGACCCCCCACCUCAUGUCCCCCUGCCACCUGGGGCCACGCUGUGGGGCUGGCGGGCUGUUCUCACCUUCGCCUAUGGGGGAACCGUGCCCCACGGCCGGGAGAAGGAGGUGGAGGAGGCUGCCCGGGCCCUGGGGGCCCCCCGGGUGGUGGCCGCCUGUGCCCUGCGGCUGGAGAGUGACCGCCAGGAGGGAGGUCCCGAGCCCCUGGAGGAGCAGUGGGAGACACUAAGAGCCAUAGAGCAACUCCAUGCCAGCGGCCUGGGCUGCGACCUCCAGCUCCAGGCAGGGGACAAGGUCAUUCCAGUGCAGCGCCUGGCCCUGAGCUGCUCCUGUGACUUCUUCCGGGCCCUCUUCACUUGCCCCAUGCGGGAGGCCACCCAUGACCCUGCCACCCCACUGCCCACAGGGCUGUCACCGGAUGAGCUGCGCCUCCUCCUCUCCUUCGCCUACACAGGGGCUGUGACAGGGCCGUGGCCCAUGGUCCUGGAGGCAGCCGAGACGUCCCUGCGCUACCAGGCCUGGGGGCUCCUCACCCUCUGCCUGGACGUUUUCACCCAUGACCUGACCCCAGAAACUGGCCUGGAUGUGCUGGCCUUUGCUGUGGCUUAUGGGCUGGCAGAGGUGAGCCGUGUAGCAGAGGACUACAUCUUGGCUACCUUCCCCAGUGUGGUGGCCACACCAGCCUUCCUGGAUCUUCCUGCACAUCUUCUCAUCCGCCUUCUCCGCUCUGACAGUCUCAAUGUCCUCCAUGAACUGGAGGCUUUGGAAGCAGCAUCCCGGUGGCUUACGGCCAAUGGACAUGGCCAAGAGGAUCUAGCCAAGGAAGUCCUGUCAUCUGUUCGCUUUGCUCUCAUGUCUGGCCGGGAGCUGAGGAAGGUCCCCUCGGUGACUGCAGGGGUAGCUGACCCAAAGGUCCUCCGCGAGCUCGUGGUAGCAAGUUUGGCCCCCAUGGCCCAGCUGCCAUGCCGGGUGCGUUCCUUGCAAGAGGUGCUGGUGGUUUGUGGUGGAGACAAACUGACGGCCAACCUGGCGGCCCGGAAGCCCAGCAGACACCUCUGGUUUGCCCACCGCUACCUCAGUGCUGUGGGACUGGUGAAGCAGGUGGAGUGGCGGGCACUGGGACACUUUCCUGAUGGCCCACGCUUCCGCCAUGCUGUAGCUGUGGUGGGCAACAUCCUCUACGUCCUCGGUGGAAAGCGCUACUACGGGGUCCAUGACACCCUGGCCAGUGUCUACAGGUAUCAGCCUAUGGAUGAUUCCUGGGAGCGUCUGGCCAGCAUGACCUGUGGGCGGAGCUACUUUGCCGCUGUGGCACUUGGGGAUUUCAUCUAUGCCCUGGGAGGCAGCUCAGGAGAGCUCUACUGCACAGACACUGUGGAGUGCUAUGACCUGGCCAACGACACCUGGAGGAGGUGCCAGCCCUUGCCGAUGGCUCUGUGUGGGCACGCUGCGUGUGCCCUGGAAGGUGCCCUCUACGUGUCAGGGGGGUGUGAUGAGGCGUACCAGUGCCAGGCAUCCCUGCUGCGCUACAUCCCGGUUGGGGGCGCAGCUGUGCUGGGGGGGGAACUGCUCGUACUGGGAGGGUACAGUCAUGAGACCUACCAGGACACUCACCUGAUCCACGCCUACCAGCCGGGGAGCCGGCGCUGGAUCACCCGAGGCACCUUGCCCCAUGCCUAUACUGACCUCCAAGCCUGUGUCCUCACU